AUGGAGCGACCGGCGUCCUCGCUGCUCGUGGUCCUCUCGUGUGCGUCUCUCCUGUGGAUCCUCGGCAACGCGCAGAUCACCGCUGCUGCGGCGAUGCCUCCCGUUAGAUGCACGAAUGGAUCCACUGUCGGCAUGUGCACGAUCAAUAACGCGUACGGCGUCAACAUGGACGGGAGGCCCUGCCAGCUAGGCAGGGUGUUUUACCCGAGGACCGAGGACGAGUUGAUCAGUGCCGUGGCCUACGCGAGCCAGAACAACCUUCAGGUGAAGGUGGCGAGUGCAACGGUGCACACCAUCCCCAAGUGGUUCUGCCCUGGCGGUAACAGCGGGGUUUCCAUUAUCACGCCUGAUUAUAACGGGAUCUCCAUUGACAGGGACGCUAUGACGGCCACUGUGGAUGCAGGAGUCAUGCUGGAUGAUUUCUUUGCAUUCCUGGCGGAUCAUAACCUCACCUUCCCCACCGCCCCCUACUGGGCAGCAGUGGCGAUGGUCGACACUCCGACACUCUGCUGGAGGACUCUGAUGGUCUUCAUUCAGUACUCAUGCAGUGACGACCCGUCCCAGCCACACACCAGCCAGGAUGUGACGGAUGAGUAUGAGCAGAUCAUAGGGAAGAUGUUCAAUGGCAAGCCCCAUUGGGGAAAGAACAAGGACAUUUCCUUCAUUGACGUCCCCAGCAAGUACCCCAACCUCCCUCGCUUCCUCAAAGUCAGGGAGGCAUUUGAUCCAAGGGGUCUCUUCUUGAACGAGUGGGCCAAGCGUGUGCUGGGCCUGUCACAGCAGCCGGUGCAGGUGUAUGGCGAUCAGUGCGCCAUGAGGGGCCUCUGCCACUGCGCUGCUGACGUGCACUGCAACCCUGCCCUCGGGUCUUAUUGUAGGCGUGGGCUGAUAUACACGGAUGCUACAGUGUGCAAAAUAGAGUGA